AUAAAACUAUCGCUUACUGCUAAUGGAAAAAUAGAUGAUCACUUCUCUGAGAAAAGGUGAUGACAGACCCUCUGCCAGAAAAUGUGUGGUUUUAAAAUAGAGCAGAUGAGUCUUUCAUGAGGGGGCGAAGGAUGUUCCCAUUGGAGGGUGUGUGAAAGCUGUGCUAUGAGUUUGUGCGGUGGUGCUGAAAGGACAGCUCCUCUCCCCAGGCAAGGAGACAGCAUCAUCUCCACCCAUUGUAGCCUCCGCACCAUCAUCUCCAGCCCAGGGCUUGAAAAACGCCGGGAUCACACACUUGUUUUUGUAAUUCAUUUAGGAGCUGAUGAAUUCUUUCUGCUCUCGCAUUUAAUGGCUACCGCCUGUUGUGAUUCUGGCAUUCUUACAGCACAUAUAGUUAAAAGCGAGGAGGAAGAUGCUCUUUAAAAUUGGCUGAACAGAUAUUUCAUCAUUUCGGAGUUGGAAAAAGAAUACCCUAUCCUUAAGAAAACGAACAGGUAGUUUGUGCCUCAACAUCGCUUAUCGACUUUGAUCUUAACGUUAAAAAAGAAGAGCGACUUGCAAUUCAAAGGGCACUUUUAUUCUCCCUCUCUGAGGACUCGGGAUACUUUCACCUGCAACCCAUGCGCGUCAUGUCGGUUCCAGAGAUAUGGGUAAGCUCGAUGAGAACGAGAGGAUAAUCCUCAAUGUGGGGGGCACACGGCACGAGACAUACCGGAGUACCCUAAAGACCGUGCCAGGGACCCGGCUGGCACUGCUAGCAUGCGAAUCCCACAGCGACCCAGGCCUGGAGCAACACCCGCUCCCGGGUCCCUUUCAGAGCAGCUGGCGGGGAAACGAGUUCUUCUUUGACCGACAUCCAGGUGUCUUUGCCUAUGUCCUCAACUACUACCGCACGGGCAAGCUGCAUUGCCCGGCCGAUGUGUGCGGACCCCUCUUCGAGGAGGAGCUGGCGUUCUGGGGCAUUGAUGAGACGGACGUUGAGCCUUGUUGCUGGAUGACCUACCGGCAGCACCGUGAUGCAGAGGAAGCACUGGACAUCUUCGAGUCACCGGACUUGAUCACAGGAGAACCCCCGCCUAUAGAUGAGGAUGAAGAGGAUUUAGGGAAGAGACUUGGCAUAGAGGACGUGGUGGGUCCUAGUGGGAAGGCUGGACGCUGGAGAAGGCUGCGGCCCCGCAUUUGGGCUUUAUUUGAAGAUCCUUAUUCUUCCAGGGCCGCCCGGUUCAUCGCCUUUGCUUCCUUGUUCUUCAUCUUGGUAUCUAUAACAACAUUUUGCCUGGAGACCCAUGAAGCAUUUAAUUCCAUCAUCAAUAAAACUGAAACAGUCAAUAAUGGCACAGAAAUGGUAUCACUAAUUGAGAUUGAAACUGACCCUGCAUUGACAUAUGUUGAAGGAGUUUGUGUGGUAUGGUUUACAUUUGAAUUUUUAGUACGUGUCACUUUCUGCCCUGAUAAACUUGAAUUCGUCAGAAAUCUAUUAAACAUUAUAGAUUUUGUGGCUAUUUUGCCAUUUUACUUAGAGGUCGGACUAAGUGGGCUUUCCUCCAAAGCUGCUAAGGAUGUACUAGGGUUCCUCAGGGUUGUGAGAUUUGUCCGCAUCCUUCGAAUUUUUAAGUUGACCCGCCAUUUUGUAGGACUAAGAGUGCUUGGGCACACUCUACGAGCUAGCACUAAUGAAUUUUUGCUUCUGAUAAUAUUUUUGGCUCUAGGAGUCUUAAUAUUUGCCACAAUGAUCUACUAUGCUGAGAGAAUAGGUGCCAGUCCAAAUGAUCCAUCAGCAAGUAAGCAUACACAGUUUAAAAAUAUUCCUAUUGGAUUCUGGUGGGCUGUGGUCACUAUGACUACAUUGGGGUAUGGUGACAUGUAUCCUCAGACUUGGUCAGGAAUGUUAGUAGGGGCACUCUGUGCUUUGGCUGGUGUAUUGACAAUAGCAAUGCCUGUUCCAGUCAUUGUUAACAACUUUGGAAUGUACUACUCCCUUGCAAUGGCAAAACAGAAGCUUCCAAGAAAAAGAAAGAAAUACAUCCCUCAUGGAGCCCAGGCUGGCUCCCCCACAUUCUGCAAAAUGGAUUUAAAUAUGGGAUGUAAUAGCACACAAGUGGAUGCAUGCCUUGGCAAGGACAACCGGUUGAUGGAACACAACAUGUCAGGUGAGGAUAGUUCAGGAAGUGACCAGCCCCUCUCUCCCGGAGAAAGGCACCCAAUGAGACGCUCUAGUACCAGAGACAAAAACAGGAGAGCAGGAACUUGUUUUCUUCUGACAACAGGUGAUUAUGCGUGCAAUACUGAUGGAGGGAUACGGAAAGUGUUAUACGGAAUUUAUCAUGGAUUUGUGACAACUGAAAAGGGGACAGUGGAAUUUAGCCAUAACAAGGACUAUACUGGAAAGAAACUUCUACUGGUGAAUGGGCCCUAGCUGUAAGCCUCUCAUGCUUCAAGGUAGUGAAUGAGAUCUGAUGUCCAGCUCAGUCUGCAAAGUGCAACAAUCACAGACUGAAUUGUAUCCAGUGCUAGAAACUCGAAUGGUCUGUACUGGCCAAUUAGUUGUUAAUAAAUAUGAGCAUGGAAUAUCAGCUAUUUUCAUCAAUUAAAGUACAUGUUUGAUUGUACAGUUCUCAUUGAUUACUCUAUGUUUGUAUAAUACCCUCAUAUUUUGGAUGACCUCACAACCCCUGCAGUACUCUAGGUUGUGCUGUAGAAUAUAUAGAGAUGCACAUAAAAGGUAUAUGCUAACUUAUCAUGAUUUGUUUCAACAGAUCUUUUCUCAUUUAUUGCUGUUUAUAUUGCAGAAGACAUAUAGUACACUAAGUGGUGCUAUUCCAUUAGACAUCUUCUUGUAAGUCUUAGAGACACGAUGCUGUCUGUUCAUUUCCGUAUCUUCUGCUACUGUCUUCUAGAACACCACUACUUAGUACACAUGGGUGUAAAUUGUAACCCAUCUGAUAUGUGUAUUGUAAUCUCUUCUAUUAUCAAAGGAUACAAGAAGUUUAAAAUGCCAGAUUCAUUUUGUCAUUAAAAUGUACAUACUUGUUAGCUGGCUUUUCCUAUCCAUCUGUUUGGAAAUAAAAUCUAAGUAUUACCAAUAAAAUCAUGGUGGCAAGAACAUAUAGAUAGUGUUUGAUUACUUUCAUUGCUUUGUCAUCACCAUAGGAUCCAGCUGCAUAUAUAUUUGUUGUAUAAGAAUAUUGAUUUUAUUUUUUGCCAAGGAGAAAAAUAUCUUUUUAUCUGUGUUGUGCUAUAAAUAUGUGAAUUGUU